AUGGGGUUUGGUGGUAUGUUUAAGGAGCUUGCUGUGUUUGCAGUUGUGGUAACAAUUAUGGCAACUUCAGUAGCAGCCCAAGCAAAGCCUGGAUGCCAAAGCAAAUGCGGAAAUAUAAGCAUCCCCUACCCUUUUGGUACAAGCAAUGGUUGCUACAUCAGCAGGGACUUCUUCAUUAAUUGUGACACCUCUUUUAACCCCCCAAAAGCAUUCUUAAGCGACACUGGUUUAGAAUUACAAGUUCUCAACAUCUCCCCGGAUGAUGGUUCUUUGCGCAUUCAAAAUCACAGGUCCGUAGGUUAUGACUGUUAUAAUUCGUCAGGGCCCACUUCAUCUGACACGUCCGUGUUCCUUCAUAGAAAAUUCUCCAUAUCUUACUCCAGAAACAAGUUCACUGCCAUUGGUUGUGACACUAUCGCCUACAUCAAUGGUUUCUCCAGACCUGGCUCUUCAAACUUAGUUUUUAAAGCAAAAAACUUUUCAACCGGAUGUUUAACAUUUUGUGGUGACGUGGGCGAUGUGAUAAAUGGGUCUUGCUCCGGCAUUGGCUGCUGCCAGACGGCUAUCCCUAGAGGAAUGCAGGCUUAUUUAUUCAACUUUACUUCUCUUCAGAGUCAUUCCACAGUGUUGAGGUUCAAUCCUUGCAGUUAUGGAUUUCUUGUGGAAGAUGGAGUCUACACCUUCUCUACAUCAGAUCUUUCCAACAUAGAUUUCAACAAAAGGAAAUACCCACUUAUUCUUGAUUGGACAAUCGGGAAUCAAACAUGUGAAGAAGCUAAAAUGGACCCAAAAAAUUAUGCUUGCAAGCAAAAUAGUGCUUGUAUAGAUCCAGAAAGUGGCCCUGGAUAUUUGUGCAAGUGUAAUGAUGGUUUUCAGGGUAACCCUUAUCUCUCCAACGGCUGCCAAGAUAUUAAUGAAUGUGAAGCACUGAAGCCUUGCAAUGAAUUUGGAAUAUGUCAUAAUACACUUGGAAGCUAUUAUUGUUCAUGCCCUGAAGGAUUUGAGGGUGAUGGUCGGAAAUAUGGAACAGGUUGCUCUCCUGAACCCAAGGCGCAUCGCGAGAGUUUUCCCAUUCUUCUUGUCGCACUAGGUAUUUGUUUAAGUAUAGUGUUCUUGUUUUUAAUUGCUGGGGUUUGGUGGUUUUAUAAGAUACUGCAGAAAAGAAAAUACAUAAAACUUAAACAAGAACUUUUUGAAAGAAAUGGUGGGUUAUUGUUUCAAAAAAAGAUGUCUUCAAAUGAAGGUGGUCUGGAUAAAGCUAAACUUUUCUGUUCCAAAGAGUUGGAAAUAGCUACUGAUCAAUAUAAUGAGAACAGAAUAUUGGGUUGUGGUGGCCAAGGCAUGGUUUAUAAAGGAAUGUUGUCAGAUGGGAGACUUGUUGCAGUAAAGAAGUCCAAGACUGUAAAUGAAGGGUAUCUUGAACAAUUUAUCAAUGAGAUCUUUAUUCUUUCUCAAAUUGAUCACAGAAACAUUGUCAAGCUAUUAGGCUGUUGCUUGGAGACCGAAGUGCCCCUCCUUGUUUAUGAGUUCAUCCCUAAUGGAACCCUUUCCCAUCUCAUUCAUGACCAAAAUGAAGAGUACCCGAGGUCGUGGGAUAUACGAUUACGCAUUGCAACGGAAAUUGGAAGUGCGAUUUCUUACUUGCACUCAUCUGCAUCCAUCCCCAUUUAUCACCGAGAUAUCAAGUCUAGUAACAUACUACUAGAUGAGAAGUUCCGAGCAAUAGUAUCAGAUUUCGGAACAUCUAGAUCAAUCGGCAUUGAUCAAACUCACUUGACGACUCAAGUGCUUGGGACUUUUGGGUACUUAGAUCCUGAAUACUUCCAGUCAAGUCAAUUUACUGAAAAGAGUGAUGUUUAUAGUUUUGGAGUGGUUAUUGUCGAGCUCUUAACGGGUAAAAGGGCAAUCUCGACGUUUGGAUCGCAAGAAAAGAGAGGCUUAGUCUCGUAUUUUAUGUCGUCGAUGGAAGAAAACCAUUUGCUGGAUAUUGUUGAUGCUGAAAUUGGAAAGGACGGUCAAAAGGAUGAAGUCAUAGCAGUUGCUCAACUUGCAAAAAGAUGCUUGAACUUAGAUGGGAGAUAUAGACCAACAAUGAAAGAAGUGGCCAUGGAACUCGAGAGACUUAGAACUGGACAAGGUGACUACAUUCACACUGAUCAGAUUAAACAAGCUGAGGUCGUUGUAAGAAAAUCGGCUGAGAGUUGGGAUUUCACUUCAUUCUCAACAGAACAUUAUUCGAAUUGCAGCAUAACAUCUACAUCAGAACCAGAAUCAGCAUUAGAAUCAGAAUCAGAAUUAGAUGUUCAUCCACAUAUGUUGGAAUCGACCUGAUUACAUGAUCUCCAAGUUUCUAUUCUAUUCCUGGUAAUGACUUGACCUUAAUUUCCCCAUGGAAUUGACGGUUCAAGAAAAACCAUCGUUAUUGAUAGCUGCCAUUGUCUUCCAUACCACCUUUGAUGAUCAGUUAUGAACAUUUUGUUUUGUUUGUUUACAUUCUAGUUAUGCACAUCGAUGAUAAAAAAUAAACAUUUUGAUUAGAUCUAGAGAAAAUGUUAAGAGUUUGUUCAUAAAUUAAAUUUUCACAUUUGGGAGUUUAUU